UACGCCAUAAUUUAUCAAACAAGUAUCUUAAUUUACGUAUAAUUUUUUUAUCCAAUUAUUGUUUUUGUAAAUUUUUUUUUUUAUCGAGACAAUGGACUCACUACGACUAGCAAUACAAACAAGACUUGGUGAACGGAUGGUCAGUAUGAGCUCAAUGCUCGUGGAAACAGUAAGCAUAAAUUACGAGGAUUUUAAUGAAAGUUUUUUAACAUGUGGUACAUGUCUAUGUGUCUAUGAUGGAAGUGAACAUACACCAAAAUUAUUACCAUGUUCACAUACAGUAUGUUUACAUUGUUUAACAAGAAUAGCAGCAUCACAAACACGUGAAGUUGGACAUUUUCGUUGUCCAAUAUGUCGUGAAUUAAUAACAAUACCACGUGGUGGUGUACCAGCAUUACCACCAAGUUUUUUAGUUAAUCAAUUUGAUUUAAUGUCACGUCAAAGACGUGAAGUUAUACCAAAAUGUUCAACUCAUUUUAAUCAAGAAUUAUUAUUUUGUGAAACAUGUGAUAGUUUUUGUACUGUUUGUACUGGUGGUAAUCAUACUGAUACAUCACCUGGUUGUACUGAACAUACUAUUAUACCAUUUAGUAUUGCAAUAAAACGUAUGUCAGAAAUAUUAUUAUACAAAGCAAAUGAGUGUAUAUCAAAGUUAACACAAGCACAAGAAUCAGUUAGUACUGAAUUACGACGUUUAGAUACAGCUAUGGAAAAAUGUUUGACAAAUGUUGAUAAUGAAUUUGCUGAUAUUAUUAAAAAAAUUGAAAAAAAGAAUGAAUUACAAGCAGCAGUACAAUCAGCAGCAAAAGAUAAAAAACGUGUACUUGAAGAACAACAUGCAUUAAUUGAAACUGAAAAAAAUAAAGUUGAAAGAGAAUGUGAAGGUUUACAAUAUCAAGUUGAAGUUAGAAAUAUAACACAAAGAAUUGGUUCAUUAUCAGAUCAACUUGAUGCUGCUGUUGCAUUAAGUGAACCACGUGAAAAUGCAUUUAUAACAACUGAAUUUAAUCAUAAUACAGCAAUUAAAGAUUUUGAAAAAUCACUUGAUUUAAUUGGACGUGUAAGAUCAAGCACAACAUUACCAGGAUUGUGUAGAGCUAGUCUUCGUGAUCCAGCAAUAUGUAAAUUAGAAGCAAUUGUUAUAUUAGAAACAGUUGAUUAUCAUGGAAAUCCAAGAAAUGCUGGUGGUGAUCCAAUUGAUGCUGUAUUAACAUAUGCUGACAAUGUAAAUUCACAAAAAAACAUUGAUUAUGAAGUCAAAGAUUUUGAUAAUGGUACAUAUGAAAUAUCAUUUAGACCACCAACUGCUGAUCGUUAUGUAUUAAAAUUAUCAGUAUUUGAAAGACCAAUAAAAGAUUAUCCAUUAUAUUUUAAUGCAACUGAACAUAAUGAACCAAUUAAAAUUUAUGGUAAACGUGGUUCUGGUAAAGAUGAAUUUCAUCAACCAGUUGCUGUUGCAAUUGAUGAUAAUGAAAUUAUAUAUAUUGUUGAUUCUGGUAAUUCAAGAAUAAAGGUAUUAGAUAGCAAUUUAGAAUUAAAACACAUAACAAAUGCUGGAUUAGAGGGUCGUAGUUGUACCGGAAUAGCCAUAUCUGAACUUGGAAUUGUUAUUGUUAAUUGGCGUACACGAACAAUUACAGAAAUGAAUACACAUGGUGACACAAUUCGUUCAUUUUCACACAAUGCAUUUCAGGAGCCAAUUGACGUUGCUGUAGACAGAAAUUAUGGACAUGUACUUGUUGCUGAUAAUGGACAAAGUUGUGUAUUUGUAUUUGAUUCAACUGGUAAAAUUUUAUUUCAAGUGGGUAAAAAAAAUACAUUUAAAUUAAUAACAUCUGUUACUGUUGGUACUGAUGGUGAAAUUCUCGUUGCUGAUUCAAAAAUUCAAGUAUUUUCAGCAAAAGGAGAUUUUUCAGAAGAAAUUAAUGCUGAUGGUAAAGGAAAAUAUGGUGGUAUUGCAAUUGAUAAAAAUAAAAAAAUUGUUGCAUCACGUUGUGAUAAAGGACGUAGCAUAAUACAAGUAUUAAAACUUGGUGAUGGUAAUGUCUUGACUGAAAUUGAUUCACACAGCUCAAAAUUACGACGUCCAGCUGGUAUUGCAAUAUUGCCAAAUAAUCAUCUUGUUGUUGUUGAUUUAGGCAAUGAUUGUAUCAAAAAAUACCGUUAUUGGUAAACUGCCAUUUUUUUUAUUAAUCAUUACUCAAAAUAUUCUUAAUUGUUUUGAGUAUUUCUGUUAAUUUUAGUUUACUCAAACCGUCCUACAAUAAUUGUCUGUCACAUACUUUUUAUUUAUUCAAAUAGUGAUUAUUUUUUUUUGUUGUUUAUUUUAAUUAAACAGCUCAAUCUGUGUUUGAUCAAAUGUAAAUAGUCU